AUGGGUCACUAUCGAAUAUUUCUAGGUGCACCUCCAUCAUCAGCUAUUGACGAAGACGCACAGUCAUAUACUUGGAAUACGAUACAACAGACGCCAUCUCACACUACUUCGGUCGUCUACCCAGCUGCAACGUUAGAAGCUGCCAGUCGCCGCAUUUCCUUACUUUACAAAAACAUCAUCUUCGACGACGAUGACGAGGAAGAGCAACAGCGCGAUUUAUUGGAAGAGGAUGAACUCGCAUAUCACGGAAGAAAAGACGAGACGACAGUAAUUACUUGGCCCCCUACCCAGAACAACCGCCUAGAUCGUAGUGCACCAUCCUUUCUUUACCCUUCUCAGUCACAUAUUCAGCAAUCCAUGCAUGGGACGUACGAGACUCAAGAGACAGAUUCCUGCGAUUACUCCGACGCUUCCUCUAUCGCACGCUUUCCUUCUUUUCAGUUCAGUUUACAUACGGUGAUAUCGCUAUCAUCACUUCAUGCGUACUCAAAAGCGGGUAAAGGAUCCCAGAAAGUUUGUGUUCUCCUCGCGGUUCUGGAAGUAGAAGGACCUGACACCAUCAGGAUAAAAAAAGGCUCCGAUGCCGGGAAGGAAGUCUCUAUUCUCAAGAUUUUAUUUGGAGACGAAGACGGCAAUGUCUGCAAGCUUACUGCAUGGCGAGAAAUUGCAGAAACUUGGGGAGGAAAUGGAACAGCUCCUGCCCUCAAACGAGGCGAUGUCGCGUAUAUCAAAGGCAAGUUCAUAUUCCAUGUGAUGGCUUCCUGGGAGCCAGGGUCCUCGUUUGUUCUAGUUGCUUCUCCGCAUCAUAAAAGCACUGCACAAAUCUGUUAUCGUACCAUGCCUUAUACUCACGAGGACAAACGAUUGCGCCCAGAUUUAAGACUCGGCGCAAGUGAUGCAAGCGUCCGUAAAGUCGCAGCUUUGGUAGAUUGGUUCGAGGUUAUGGCCGGCUUGUCACGUGCUGCAUAAUGGCAGUGUCGUUGUGCUGCCUCGUGAAGACAAUAUAUUAUCACCCAUCU